UUGCGGCUUGCGGCUUGCGGCUUGCGGCUUGCGGCUUUGAUUGAUUUCCAGGCCAUCACAGAGGCUUUGGAGACGGAGAACGUUUGGAUUGGAAAAAGCAACAGGAAAUGGGGCCACCCAAGCCCUCUUCUCCGGAGGAAGCCGCUUUUUCUCUCUAACAAUCUGCUUGUAACAUAUUAUUAGGUAUGUAUUAUGCCAGGUAGGUGCAAGCGAGUGAGCUGGAAAGGGAGUUGGUUGUAGCCGACAGUGAUAUCAGAUCCGGGAUGCUCCUUUCUUUCUUUGAUGUACCUACGCGAGAAAAGCGACAAACGCGUGUAAUUCCCCCCCUUUUUUUUUCUCUUUCUUUCUUUUGGAUGGGGCAACUAACGCAACCCCUUCCCGCCGCUGCCCAAACUUCGUUACCUGGUCUUGAUUGCGCCCUCGAUUGUUCUUGUUCAGUCUCCCCUGAUUACAGUAAGGCCGCUGUUGUUAGCGCUGCCACAUCGAUAACGAUAAGAGAAGAAGAACCCCGCGAUACUUUUCCCAACACCCACCCAAACCUCGCAACUUCCCCCUCUUCCACCCGGCGCGCUUUGCCAGUCCUGCUCAACAACGGAACACCCUCUGCCCAGGCCACUCUGCAAUUCACACAACACAAGUACCAGCAUUUCACACGACUUCUUUUUACCAAGCAAGACUCGCAAGUCUUAGCCAUGUCGUCCAUGACCACUAACGGCACCAACGGUGACGCCAGCGCCAAUGCCGAGGUGGACAUCCAGAACCUGGGCUUUGUUGCAACUCCCAAGGUGGAGGGGGAGUGGACAGUCGAGAAAGCUCUGGAUGCCUCCCCGGGGACUGCGACCUCGGCGGGCUCCAGCUCACCGCUCCCGUACUUCCACAUGAUUGAGCGUCUCAAGACGACGAAGCGCGAGGGCUGGCGACGCUUCGGCAUCGAAAGAGGAGAAUCCAUUGCCGACCACAUGUACCGCAUGUCCCUUCUGUCAAUGCUUGCGCCCCCGGCCCUCGUGCCUCGGCUCGACCUCGCCCGUUGCAUAAAAAUGUGUUUGAUACACGACAUGGCCGAGUCCCUCGUCGGUGACAUCACGCCCGUCGACGGCGUGCCCAAGGCGGAGAAGAACCGCCGUGAGGCGGACACGAUGGACUACAUCACCAAGACGCUGCUCGGCGGCGUGUAUGGAGGCCUGGCCGGUGCUGAGAUCCGGGAGAUCUGGCAGGAGUACGAGGACUCGAAGACGAUCAACAGCCACUUUGUGCACGACCUGGACAAGAUGGAGCUGCUUCUCCAGAUGAUGGAGUACGAGAAGCGUGGCCAGGGUAAGCUCGACCUGGGAGAGUUCGCUUACGUCGCCACAAAGUUCUCGCUGCCCGAGACCAAGGAGUGGGCCGAAGCGCUACUCAAAGAGCGGGAGCAGUUCUGGGGUGCGCAGGAGCACGUUCACGGCGAGGCGGGCGUUGAGGGUGGUGUCAAGGUAGACAGGAAAGAGCAACAGGACAGCUACUACGAGCGAAAAUGAUACGACAGGUUGGAGGGGGGGGAGGCUGUAGAGAAGUUGGAACGAAGGACUUGUGGGCAUAAUGACGGACAGAGAGAAUGACGAAGCGGCACUGCAUACACGAUUUUCUUUAUCAUCACUUUUUUUUUUUUUUUUUUUUUGCGCCAAUGGAAACAGUGGUAACGUUCUGAAGGCGAAUGGGUUCAGGGUUCUAACCCAGGCAAAAGAUGGAGUGACUGCAUACCGAUUGCAUUAUUAUGGCUAGACUGGCUUCAUAGAAUCUCAAUUCAACUCAUUCAGGAGUCAAGGUGUCAUUAAAUCCUACCUAGGUGCUCCGUAGGUUGGUUGCUAU